AUGAAAAUUAAACUCUUCUUUUUAGCUCCUCCUGAAAAUGUGCAGAAUGUGACGGUGUUGAACCAAACUGAGAGCAGUAUAACCCUGAGGUGGAACAAGGUUAAUGACAUCUCAACAUACUCCCUGAAGUAUGUUAACAAUGGCAUUGAGAAGGUGGAAUCCAUUACUGCAACUCCUGAAGAGCCAUCAGUUACACAUGCAGUCACUGGUUUGAGUGCUGGGACAAAAUAUGAUUUUUUUCUCCUCACGACACAUAAUGGAGUCAACAGCACUGGAUUUCCUUUUUCUGCAGCCACUGCUCCUCGUAAUGCAGACGACUUUAAAUCAAUUGGACAAAAUGAGACCAGUAUAACUUUGCAGUGGAACAAAGUGAAUGACAUCCUCAACUAUAUACUUGUGUUCAAUGGAUAUGAGAUAAAGGUCACUGCAUCACAGGAAGAUAACGUGACAUACACUGUACCAGGACUCACAAGUGGGACUAUAUAUGACUUCAGUCUCUUCACUGUGUUUGAAAAUGUCAGAAGCAGUGGAGUAAACCUAACUGCAGUCACUGCUCCUCGUAACACAGAUGACUUUAAAUCAAUUGGACAAAGUGAGACCAGUAUAACUCUGCAGUGGAACAAAGUGAAUGACAUCCUCAACUAUACACUUGUGUUAAAUGGACAGGAGAUAAAGGUCACUGCAUCACAGGAAGAUAAAGUGACAUACACUGUACAAGGACUCACAAUUCCUCCAGCAGUGGAUGUCGUAACUGUGACUGCACGCUCUGAGACCAGUGUAACUCUGCAGUGGAAGAACACGGAUGAAAACUGGAGCUACUUUCUCCAAAUCAAUGGAGAAUAUAUCACAAAACCAAGUGGAUCCCUUGGUGAUGUGUCCCUGACAGUCUCAUCUCUCAACCCUGGAACAGAGUAUCCAUACAGUGUGAUCACAGUGUUCUCUGAACUCAACAGCACUGCUUUUAUUGGCUCCACAGUAACAGCUCCUCGUAACACAGAUGACUUUAAAUCAAUUGGACAAAAUGAGACCAGUAUAACUCUGCAGUGGAACAAAGUGAAUGACAUCCUCAACUAUAUACUUGUGUUCAAUGGACAUGAGAUAAAUGUCACUGCAUCAGUGGAAGAUAAAGUGACAUACACUGUACAAGGACUCACAAGUGGGACUAAAUAUGACUUCAGUCUCUUCACUGUGUUUGAAAAUGUCAGAAGCAGUGGAGUAAACCUAGCUGCAGUCGCUGCUCCUGCAGAUGUAAAAGCUCGAUGUGAGAACGUUGCAGCUGGCUACUCUAUCCUUAUUGUCUUUGAUAAACCGAAGGGUUUGUGGACUGAAGUGGAGGUGAAUGUGACUGGGAAGACAGAAAAAGCUAUUUCUGUCGCAAAGUUUCCAGACCAUUUCUACCACUUGAGUGCAGAUGAGAACAGAGGUUUCAGUGAGGAAUAUGAGAAACUUCUUCCUGUUGGCACGGAGCAGAUACGAAAGGUAGCGCUCCUGCCUGAGAACAAGGCCAGAAACCGUUUCAGCAACAUUCUGCCAUAUGACUGGUGUCGAGUGAAGCUAAGUACAUCGAAUCCCACUGGGGCCUCUGACUACAUCAAUGCCAGUUACAUGCCAGGCUACAAGAACAACCGAGAGUACAUUGCAGCUCAGGGUCCUCUUCCUGCUACAGUCAGUGAUUUCUGGAGGAUGAUCUGGGAACAAAGAGUGAAAGGUAUCGUCAUGGUAACCAACUGCACCGAGGGAGGACGGACUAAGUGUGAACAAUACUGGCCCUCGGACAGAGAGACUUGCCUUUAUGGAGAGAUGCAGGUCACCAACAGAUCUGAGCAGCAAGAGUCCAACUGGACUUUGAGGGAAUUUACACUGAAAUAUAAGAACACCUCAGAAGAGCGCACUGUGAAACAUUUCCACUUUACCGCCUGGCCUGACCACGGAGUCCCACAGGGCAGUGAAGUCCUGAUCCAGUUCAGAGAACUGUUCAGACAGCACAUAAAGACAGAGGGAACUGGGGAACCCACUGUGGUUCACUGCAGUGCUGGAGUGGGGAGGACAGGCACUAUUAUUGCCUUGGAUGUGCUGCUUCAGCAGCUGGAGCGAGAGAAAGCAGUGGGCAUCAAUGCCUUUGUGCACAAGAUGACUCUGAAUCGACCACACAUGGUGCAGACAGAGGGUGCCACUAACUCCACCACAACAUCCACACCAGGCACAACGACAACAGCAACACCACAAACAACCACGCUGACAACCGUUCCAACAACAACUAAACCACCUCCUGAAAAUGUGCAGAAUGUGACGGUGUUGAACCAAACUGAGAGCAGUAUAACUCUGCAGUGGGACAAGGUUAAUAAUAUCUCAACAUACUUCCUGAAGUAUGAUAAUAAUGGCAAUGACAAGGAGGACUUCAUCAAUGAAACUUCUGAAAAGCCAUCAGUUACACAUACGGUCAUUGAUUUGAGUGCUGGGACAAAAUAUGAUUUUUUGCUCCUCAUGACACAUAAUGGAGUCAACAGCACUGGAUUCAAUAUUUCUGCAGCCACUGCUCCUCAUAACGCAGAGGACUUUAAAUCAAUUGGACAAAAUGAGACCAGUAUAACUCUGCAGUGGAACAAAGUGAAUGAGAUCCUCAACUAUACACUUGUAUUCAAUGGAAGUGAGAUAAAGGUCACUCCAUCAGUGGAAGAUAAUGUGACAUACAUUGUAUCAAGACUCACAAGUGGGACUAAAUAUGACUUCAGUCUCUUCACUGUGUUUGAAAAUGUCAGAAGCAGUGGAGUAAAACUAACUGCAGUCGCUGCUCCUGAAAAUGUGCAGAAUGUGACGGUAUUGAACCAAACUGAGAGCAGUAUAACUCUGCAGUGGGACAAGGUUAAUAAUAUCUCAACAUACUUCCUGAAGUAUGAUAACAAUGGCAAUGACGAGGAGGACUUCAUCAAUGAAACUUCUGAAAAGCCAUCAGUUACACAUACGGUCAUUGAUUUGAGUGCUGGGACAAAAUAUGAAUUUGUGCUCCUCACGACACAUAAUGGAGUCAACAGCACUGGAUUUCCUUUUUCUGCAGCCACUGCUCCUCGUAACGCAGAGGACUUUAAAUCAAUUGGACAAAAUGAGACCAGUAUAACUCUGCAGUGGAACAAAGUGGAUGACAUCCUCAACUAUAUAUUUGCGUUCAAUGGAAGUGAGAUAAAUGUCACUGCAUCACAGGAAGAUAAAGUGACAUACAUUGUAUCAAGACUCACAAGUGGGACUAAAUAUGACUUCAGUCUCUUCACUGUGCAUAUUUCCACUUGUUUUCACUCAGCUCCUGCAGAUGUAAAAGCUCGAUGUGAGAACGUUGCAGCUGGCUACUCUAUCCUUAUUGUCUUUGAUAAACCGAAGGGUUUGUGGACUGAAGUGGAGGUGAAUGUGACUGGGAAGACAGCAAAGUAUGAUAAUAAGACACAGAAGAUCACAAUACCUGGAUUCAUACCUGCAAAAUCAUAUGAGGUGUCUAUAGCUCUACUGUCUGAGAAUGUGAUGAGUUGUACACCUUAUGUUUUCCAAUGCCAGACUGAUCCAAGGGGAGUCAUUGCAGGGUCAGUGAUUGCUGUCCUGCUUUUUGGUGUUCUGGUCUUUCUAGUGGUCUUCAUUUUGCUUAAAAGACCAGAUAUUAUCAGAAAAAAAACAUUCAUUGAGGGUUCUCGUCAAUCUAAAAAUAGCAAAGCUAUUUCUAUCGCAAAGUUUCCAGACCAUUUCUACCACUUGAGUGCAGAUGAGAACAGAGGUUUCAGUGAGGAAUAUGAGAAACUUCUUCCUGUUGGCACGGAGCAGAUAAGAAAGGUAGCGCUCCUGCCUGAGAACAAGGCCAGAAAUCGUUUCAGCAACGUUCUGCCAUAUGACUGGUGUCGAGUGAAGCUAAGUACAUCGAAUCCCACUGGGGCCUCUGACUACAUCAAUGCCAGUUACAUGCCAGGCUACAAGAACAACCGAGAGUACAUUGCGACUCAGGGUCCUCUUCCUGCUACAGUCAAUGAUUUCUGGAGGAUGAUCUGGGAACAAAGAGUGAAAGGCAUCGUCAUGGUAACCAACUGCACCGAGGGAAGACGGACUAAAUGCGAGCAAUACUGGCCCUUGGACAGAGAGACUUGCCUUUAUGGAGAGAUGCAGGUCACCAACAGAUCUGAGCAGCAAGAGUCCAACUGGACUUUGAGGGAAUUUACACUGAAAUAUAAGAACACCUCAGAAGAGCGCACUGUGAAACAUUUCCACUUUACCGCCUGGCCUGACCAUGGAGUCCCACAGGGCACCAAAGUCCUGAUCCAGUUCAGAGAACUGUUCAGACAGCACAUAAAGACAGAGGGAACUGGGGAACCCACUGUGGUUCACUGCAGUGCUGGAGUGGGGAGGACAGGCACUAUUAUUGCCUUGGAUGUGCUGCUUCAGCAGCUGGAGCGAGAGAAAGCAGUGGGCAUCAAUGCCUUUGUGCACAAGAUGAGACUGAAUCGACCACACAUGGUGCAGACAGAGUCCCAGUACGUCUUCCUGCACCAGUGCAUCAUGGACCGUCUGCAGCCACAUGAGAAGCCUGAAGAAAACUUAUAUGAGAAUGUGGACAUGAUAUAUGUCAACGCCACUGCACUCCGAGAGUUUUGUUAAACAGUUCAAUGUCUGAACUAAAUGAGAUUAGCUCUUCACUCAAACGUUUAUGCACUUAAUGAAAAACUCAUUCUGAAGUCCACAUGCUGUUUUGUAUUUUAAAAUAUCUGUACUGUAAAAGAAAGUUUUAAGACAUAUAUAUACAGUUGAUGCAUAGAAAGUUU